AUGUCUUCACGGGUCGCGAGUUCUGAAUUGCGAGAGUCCGCUCUCAGAAAUCGCUUGCGCGAACGAACCGGAAGUAUUUUCAAAAGUCGUCACGAAUCUGGUAUGGGACGCUCGCAAGGCAUCAGUCAUGAGCAGAUUUUGAUCUCGUCAAGUCCAACAUCUUUGGCCCAAAUUGCCAAAAAUUUAGAUGGUGAUAUCCUCGGGUUUUCCAAGCAUCGCACUGUCGAUAAUAUUAUGGUCUUGGGAGCCACCGGUCUCACAGGAUCACUAAUUAUUGCCAACUUGAUACAGCCAUGGAUAUAUUUGAACUCAACAAAUGAAAUUCAGCGUAAACUGGACAAUUUGGGUCCUUCCACCGAACUACUUGACAAAAACAAUCACUUCUUCAAAAGACCGAAACAACCUCUCUGCAACGUACUGACACGCAAGAAAACCGUGGAAAUAACGAAAAACGUGUUCUGCUUUUCGAGGAAACCAAUUGAACCUGGCACUGUCGGUAGUCUCAGCGAACACGAUUCUGGCUGGGAACACUCAAUUCGUUAUAGAGGGUCCACGUUAUUGUGCAGAUACGAAAACUUCGAAUGCGAUGAACCAGUGGUGAGCAUGGGGUACGUGGAGCUACCAGUCUCUUUACAGCAGCAAGAAGAGAAAACAGCCAUUGAAAUGCACGUUCAACAAUAUUCUUAUCGUCUCAAAUAUGAAAAUUCGCAGGACGAACAUGGACAAACCUGUCGUCACACGUUGACCGUGGAACUCAAGAUAAAUGUGGUGUCGCUGAUAGAAAAGGAUUCCGAGAAAUGGCCCGAGCUGUUCAAGACUUUGUUUGGCGAAGAGCCCACUACCGCCAGUGUUGUGACCAAAAAACUCGAGCAGACGAUGCUUUGGAAUUUCCCUUCGUUGAAGCAAGUUGGCACAAUAAUAUCUGCACUGGGAUCGUCAGAUCAUCAGCAGCGGACGACCAACAUUUCCCGGUCGUUUGUAGACUAUGAUUUGAAUAUGCAAAUGAUCCAAGUCUUCAGCCAGAGUAAAGAUGUCACCACACCGAAGAAGGCCGUUGUCAUCACAAGUUUCAACAAUUUGCUCCUAAGCUCUGUGUCAAGAUAUUUUAACACUAAGUUGAGCUUGGAACAGGACCUGGCGACCAGAGUGCCAGGUCUAGACAAGCUCAUUAUUUUGAGACCUGGUCCAUUAGUUGGCUCGCACUCUUCGAACAACACAGGCGAUUCCAGUCUUCAAGAGACAAAACCGGCUUUCAUUCCAGAAACGCUUUUCGCAAUCUAUCGUGUCAAGAGAAGCUGCUUAAGACGCAAGAUCAGGUUUGCUAGAGAUUUGUCCACAUAUGGUCUGAAGCUGAAACUGGGUGAGAUAGUGGCCAGAAUAGCGUACCAUCGCUCUUGUUCCCCUCUUAUUGGUUACGUUGUACCAGCAUACAAAGUUGCAUACGUCGCGGUUUUGAAGUCGCUUUACUUGACGGACGGCGACGGUUUUGUGGAAGUCAUUAAAAGUGACAAGAUCGAUCAUCUAACAUAA